AUGCGGUGCGCGCGCAGCCGGCUGGCGGCGGGCGAGGUCGCCUUAGCUACAAUAGGCUUUGAAGUGCAAGAGGAAGGUUACUUGGCAAAAAUCCUGGUGUCAGAAGGCACGAGAGAUGUGCCCUUGGGAACGCCACUCUGCAUCAUUGUGGAAAAGGAAUCUGACAUCCCUGCAUUCGCAGACUACAGAGAUGCUGGAGUGGCGGAAAUCAAGCCCCCGGUGGCGCCGUUGCCAUCGCCGCCCAGUCCUACGGCAGCGGCGGCAGCACCUUCCCCUGCACCGCAGCCAGCGGCCCCCCCUUCAGCCAGGGUCCCCAUGCACAAGGAGAGGGUCGUGGCCAGCCCCCUGGCAAAGAAGCUGGCGGCAGAGAAAGGAAUCGAUCUGGCGCAGGUGAAAGGUACAGGGCCAGAGGGACGGAUAACGAAGAAGGACAUCGAGUCGUUUGUGCCGUCUAGGGCUGCCCCAGUGCAGCCCAGAGCGGCAGAACCGGCAGCUCCCCUGGCUCCAUCACCACCAGCAGCUGCUCCCGGCCUCCCCACUGGCGUCUUCACAGAUGUUCCAGUUAGCAAUAUUCGCAAGGUGAUCGCCCAGCGUUUGAUGCAGUCUAAGCAAACAAUACCUCACUAUUAUCUCUCUGUUGAUGUAGACAUGGGAGAAAUACUGGUGCUACGAAAAGAACUCAACCAGGAGAUGCCACAAAACACUAAGCUUUCUGUCAACGAUUUCAUUAUUAAGGCUUCAGCUCUGGCUUGCUUGAAGGUCCCCGAAGCAAAUUCCUCUUGGAUGGACACAGUCAUUAGGCAGAACCACGUAGUCGAUGUGAGUGUCGCAGUCAGUACUCAGACAGGGCUCAUCACUCCAAUUGUAUUUAAUGCACACAUAAAGGGGUUGGCUUCCAUUAACAAAGAUGUUGUGACGCUGGCAUCCAAAGCUCGCGAAGGCAAACUACAGCCACAUGAAUUUCAGGGAGGAACUUUCACAGUGUCAAAUUUAGGAAUGUACGGCAUUAAGAAUUUCUCUGCGAUCAUCAAUCCACCACAGGCCUGUAUUUUGGCAGUUGGUGCUUCUGAAAAAAGGCUGGUUCCAGCAGAGAAUGAAAAAGGGUUUGAUGUGGCCAGUGUGAUGUCCGUUACGCUCAGCUGUGACCACCGCGUUGUGGACGGAGCGGUUGGAGCCCAGUGGCUUGCAGAGUUCAAGAAGUUCCUUGAGAAGCCAGCCACGAUGUUGCUAUAAUCUCCUGAGGACGCAAGGACUUUCUUAGGUCACAUCACUUAAUUCUAAAGAAGCUAUUUAUAUAUCUAGACUCUUAAACAAAUGUUUCUUUAAUUUUAAAAAAAAUCUUUAAAAAUAUAGUCGCUGGUAAUUUAUAUUACCCAUUGUACAGAUUUAAAUGGUUUGCAAGAGGCUUUUUGGAGCCGAGUACAGCUAUACUGUAUUUUAUACAGUGAAUGAAUGUGCAAACUUUCCUCCCUCUAAAUAGUCCAGUGUUUUAAAAUCCUAAGAAGCUCAUGUUUCUGAUUAAGGGGACAUAAUUUCACUCAACAACCUGAAUGUGUUGUCAAAAACAAGCAAGCCAGACUGUAAAAGCAAAGAAAACAGAGAUGGGAGUUGACUAUCUGGUGGCUGAAAUCUCCAGUCCAGCAAAGAAGGUGAACCUGUUUGUGUAUUCUGUUCUCCUGUCCUCUACAGUAGCAAGUCCUUGUGAGGGAUAGAAUGGAACAAACUUCCUAAGAGUUCACAUUCCAACAUAUUUUCUUAAUUCAGUUAUUCAGACUUUUAGCCACAGGAAUUUUUAGGCACUUUAAUUCAAAAAGGAAGUUUCAGUCAGAUCACCAAUUGUAUGUCAGCAUUUCUUUUUGAAAUGCUUUUGAAAUAACAUGUCCCUUCAUUGAAUUUUCAUGACUUCAGCAUGAUUUUUUUUUUGUAUUAAGAACUCAUUUUAAGAGGGUGCUUCCCUCUAGUUUAGUCAAUACAGCUUCACUCCAAGCAGGAGUCAUUGUUCAGGAAACUGCUGAAUUUCUGUACAAACUGAAACACAUAAAACAGUGUAGCCUCGUUAUCUGAUUUCCAGGGUGAAUUCCUAGAAAGCUCUGAGGGGUGUUCAGAAGGAAUGCAAUCCAACAAGUACUUGUCCUGGCAUUGAAAUUAAUGUGAGCUCAGUCUACCUUCAUUUAAACAAGGAUUGUUUGGGAAGAAGGCACUGGUGAAUGGUGACCACCGGCCCUAAUUCAUAGCCAAUUGAAUGGAUUCUCAAAGUCCUUUUUAUUUCAAAUUAGGCACCAUUAACUUUUUCUGGAUUGGUGCCACCUAUCUGUAACAAAAUUGUUGUCUUGCCCACCUUAACCUUGUGGGAGCAGCAGAAUUUCUUCAGUCCUGUAAAUAGUGUAAAAAAAAAAAAUUGCUUGAGAUGGUUUUGUUCAAAAUUGUGCCCCAGGCCAUUUAUGACUGUGUUAGUAAUGAGCAGGAUACACUAGUGCAAAACACUCCCACAUUUGCUUUUCAAAGGACAUUUUAAUUUAAAAUGAAGGAUCAUGUGAUUGCUAAGUGACGUGACCUGGAGAGCCAAGUUAAAUACGCCCCAGAUGAUUCUGUACCAUAUGCAUUGCACUGCAUUGAGUAUUGUCUCUUGUAAAGUUGUGCUACCAAAUCCACUAAAAAUAAUAUUCAAGACUAUACUGUGGAAAUUAAAGAUUUUUCUGAAACCAAA